ACCUGCGCCUCUCCCCACCACGCGCAACGAUCGUCUGUUGUUUUCAGUGACGUUUCGUGCAGUUUUCUCGUCUCUCGUGCGAAAACGGCCGCAACCAUUCUCGGUGCGCCAAUUACCAAAAUAAUUCCCGUCGACAGCCCCCGACUGGCAGUGUACGCGUAGCCCCCGACCGGAAUUCGCCCGCCCUCACUCAAAUCAAGUGUGCUUUGUGUGGUUACCGUCCCGGCCUUCCUGACUCCGGCCCUUUAAACCGCCACAGCAGACCCAUCGUUCGAGCGCUCCCAGACGAUGGUUGCAGUUUUUUAGCAUCGUUUUCGGCGUAAUUUUCAAUUUUUGCCGCGAUGUCGACGAAACCAUGGGGGGCGUUGCCGGUGUACCGGAUCAUGACCAUCAUGAAGAGUUCUUCGGAGGCGGAGAACAUCGGGAAAGACUCGUCGCUGAUGAUGACCAAAGCUGCGGAACUCUUCAUUAAGAUGCUCUCGAGGGAGGGGUACAAGCUGGCGAAUGGCGGGAGGAGCUUAGAGUAUAAGCACGUGGCGGAGGUGGUGCAAAGGGACGAGAGGUACGAGUUCCUGAGGGAUAUUAUGCCGAAGAAGAUCACCUACGCGGAGUACAAAAAGAUGCAAGGGAUACAAGAAAAUCGUGACGAAUCGGAGACGGAAGACGACGACGAAUCGGACUCGGGCACCAGCAGUGGCAGUAGUCAAUAAAUCAGGAGUGCUUUCGUA